AAAUUCUUAUAAUGACCUGGAAAACGUGGAUUGCUAUCCAUUGGUUCACAUACAAUGUCAUGUGUAUAAAUAAGUAAAGAGUUAACUUUGCCAAGUACCAAGGCUGAGCAUCUAGAAUUUAGCUUCAGUACAGCAGAUUCCUAAUUUAUAUACAAACCAUGGCUUGUGGUUUAAAAUAAACCUUUGUUUUUUCAACAAAAUUUGAUGUAAUUUGUUCGGAAAUGGACUCAUAUUUAUUUUAAACCAUAACCCUUGGCUGAAUGUAAACACAACCAAACAAUCCACUAAAUGGAAAGGGAAUUCUGUUUUAUUUCUUCUUUCAAAAAUAUAUAAGAGGGAAGUGGGAUAAAUCUACAAUUCAGGCACUUUGCACAGACUCAUUAGUGAUGUUAAUAUUCCAGUAUGGUUUUACAGGAGUUUCAUCAAUUUGAUCCAUGGACUGAGAAUCAAUUCAUCCCCAAUCCUAGGUUGGUUUACUACAGCAUUAAGCCACAAAGUACCUGACUAGCAGGUAGUGUGAACUCAGCCUAUUGUAUUUUAUUUUAUGAAUGAUGGAUAGAAAAUCCUUUCUUUGAAAGAGAGACUAGAAACAUAAACAGCCUUGAUGAUAGAUAGUGUAGGAGAAGGUGUUGUAGAACCUGAGGGUGGAGUUAAAAGAGGAAUCAGCCUAGAGAGUCUAAAUCCCACAGUCUAAGUCCAACCCCUUUUGAAUUCCAUUGACCCUUAUCUAGUAGUAAGCAUUAGUUGAGUUGAUUCCUGUCUAUAGGCAUGAGUAGUUACAAAUCAGUUUAAUUGGAACAUGUGUGUUCAUGAUCUUUUGCACCUGACAGAUCGAUCUUUGCCUGAUUCCUUUACACAUCGUUAUUUAUUUACCUAUUUGAUUGUUAGACCAUUGAUUUCCUGAGACUUUGGUGGUAUAUCACUAAAAGAAUCAUAAACACAUAUAAAGUUAACAUUUCAACAACAUAUCAACUGAAAUGUAGCAAUUCACAAUUCUUUAAAAUAAUGGCGUUAUCCAACUAGUUAAAAGUUCUCUGGAACAUCUCUAGCUUUAAUUCUCAACUUAAACUUCUACUCUCUGAGGUCUUAAUAACAAAAAGUUACAAGCAAAUUCUCCCAGGCUAUUAAUAAGACCCAUCAAUUCUAACUGCAGAAUAAGUAUAACGGGAUCAUGGUAUAUCACUUCAGCUAAUUCAUAGGCUGCUGCAUUUUGUACCGACUAAAGUUUUUGAGUGGUCUUUAAUUGGAGCUACAUACUGUAUACAGCAUAUUACAGUAGUCUGGCCAGAUGGCAAUGAGAACAUAAGUCACUGUGACAAAACUCCUGAUAAGGUCACAAUUGGUAGAACAUUUAGAGUUUCUGACAGAACAUCAUUCAUGAGUCAAAAGGACCUCCAAGUUAUAGACUUGUUCUCUCAAGGGCAGUGUCAUUGUCAAGAAGGAGAAUGUGAAGCUGACAGAGAACCUUGAUGGACAAAUAAUUAUAUUUUGCUUGAGUUUAAUUUCAGGCUAUUUCUUCCUGUCCACACCUUAACACAGGGGUGUCAAACUGUCGGCCCGCAUGCAGGACGCGUCAUCCGGAAGCCGCGCCCACCCCAUUGCCGGCAAUAGCAAAACUCUUCCGAUAUGUUGCGUGACAUCACGUGACAUCGCGAGUUUGACAUUUCUGCCUUAACAGAAUCCAGACCCUGGAGGAUUUAGUGGAUAAUCAUCAGCAUACUGAUGAGACCAUACCUUAACCAGUGACUUCAUAAAGAUGUUAAAAAGUAGUGGGGAACAGCUGAGCCUUAGGACACUCCAAAUACUCAAGAGCCCUAACUGAUCUCUCUCUAGUAAGUAAGGCAUGGAAAUACUAAAGCACAGUGCUCCCAACUCUGAAUGGCACUUUAGAAGAUACCAUGGUUGAUGUUAGCUAGAAUAAUAGCUGGAAAUUCUAAUAGGAUCAGAAGUGUACAUUUCUUAAAUCUCAGUCCUGACAGGUUUCUCACAUAAUUCAGUUCCUCUGAAAUACUCUUGUUACUGCCUUCCUAACACAAUUUCAAAAGAAGGGCUGGAGAGAGGAUGAUAUUUGUCCAAUAUACCUAUAUCCAGGGUGGGAUGAGUUGAGAAGGAGGAGUACUACAGCCCAUUUCAAUGUUGCAGAAAUCACCCUCUUCAUAGUAAAAUGUUUUUUUAAUGCAUAAAUCUAACCAAAAAUUACACAGAAAUAAACAUGCAAAAAGCGAGAAUAAAACAAGCAAGCUGUGAAGAGGAACAUUCAGUAACACCUUCUUCCCUUCGCUUCCCCUUUUCCCCAACCGCUAACCACUACUUAAAUAUUUGUGCUGUAUUUUGAACACUGGGGAUUAUUGCUUAUAUCUGCUUAAGGUUUUGUCUGUUGUUUUUAAUUAGCUUCAACUCUUCUCCCAAAAAGCAUAUUCCAAAUAUCUAAAUCUGCCUUGCUGUGUAAUGUUUCAUAUAUAUAAGGAGAUCCCUAUUUAAAUUAACUUAAAUUUCUGCCACAAGUUUAUACUGUAUUAUCAGUUUUACUAUUACUGCAUAUUCUCCAGUGUUGGUUCUCCCAUUUUUAUAUUGUUGGUAAAUUUUACUUUUCCAAAUUUAUACCAAAUUUUGAGCAUUUGCAUGUGAGAAAAUAUUUCUUUUUUUCUUACAGCAUUUGCAACAUUUAUUAUUUUAUUAUCUAUCUUGCCCUUAUACUCCAUCUGUAAAACACUCUACUAAUUUCCCCAAAUUAUACCUGGAAUACGUUUCAUUGAUUUUUCCCCCCAUACCUCUUCCCAUUCUUCUUCUCAUUUAUUUCGAGGUUUUACAUCCAUUUGAUCAUGCAAUAUUUAAUUUGUUCUGCCUCUGUGCCAUAUUUCAGUAUCAAUCUUUAAUGCAUCCCAAUACCUGAUCUUCAAUCUGAAUAAGCAUUUCAAAUUCAGUCAUUUUUCUCAAAGUUUCUCCUUUCUUCAGGUGACUGUUUACUCUUCCAGCAAUUUGUGCAUACAUUAACUAAUAUAAAUUCCUAUCUUCAUUGUUGAAUGCGUGAUCAUUUGCUUGAUUCAGCUGAUGAUGCCACUGCCCUCCAUUUUUACACAAUCAUGACAAAAAUAUGCCUUGAUAAUAUUUAGGAAAGGGCAUGUGUCACUUACAUGCCUUCAUCUUGUUUCCAGCAUAUGUAUAAGAUAACUUGAAAGCUAUUUAUAAUGAACCUUUUUGUAUUGCAGAAUUUUUUUUAAAAAAAUCUGAAUGGAGAAUGUCCACUCAGAAGCCAGAUAGUCCAUCCUUUAAGGAAUCAGUGGCUGAGGCUGAAAAGACAUGGAGAAGGGAGACACCCUUCAGCUGCCUGAACUUCUGAUCCCCUCCCCUUCUGGUCCCUGAUUUUACAGCAAAGUCAUGGGUGAUGCCACACAACAGGUUUUGGUGAAGGGAAUGAAAUGUAACAGGUUAAGAUUGUCCUUGCAAAGUUUUGGUCUACUUUCAACAUGGGCAGAGGGGUGUCUCUCAUAUAGCUGGGGAUAAGAUGAAGGUUACAUACACCUCAGGGAUAGGCCUGAAAGAAGCUCAAUCCUACCCAUAUUGACAAUCUUUGAAGUAUGAUUAGGUACAUGUUGAGAAAGGUCUGGUAGAGCUUGCAACACCAGGACGUAGGAGAAGAGAUGGGGCUUUAUGCUAAUAAGCUGCAUUAAUUAUUACCCCAGUCCCAACCCACUUACUCUUGUGGAAAGCUAAAUGUAGAGUGCUAGGGAGUGAAGCAAGUGCAAUUAGCAUCCUGAUAGAUACAUAGCUUAUUUUUGCACAGGAGUAGCCACAGGUGUUCAUUAUUUUAGGUGUUCAUUAUUUGCUUUUUUCACUUACUGAGAAAAGCCACUUUCCCUCUGAAGACAGCCAAACGGGGCGCUGCACAUCAAGAGAUGGCUUUUUCAAGGAUAAUUAGACUAUUAACAAAAACGGCAAUUCUGACAAAGGAGAAUAUUUGCAGCUCAGGGUUGAAAUGAGGGGUCCUUGAUGCUCUCUGAGCCUGGUUGUUUUCUUGCAGACGUUUCAUUACCCAGCUAGGUAACCUCAAUACUAAUUCUAUUUGUAGUCUCUUGGUAGAAGCCAGUGAAUCUACAGGUUUAGGAUCGCGUCGCGCAAGCGGGGCUUGCCAGGGCGGCGCCAGGCGCGAUCGAGCCCGUGGAUAAACAAAAGCUCAGCCUCCUGCCGCUCAAGGCCGCGCAGGGCGAUGCUCGGGCGCCGGUGGCAGCCGGGAAGAAGCAACCAUUUCCAAACAAAGGACUGCCUUCUCUGAGGGCGGCUGGCAGAAGCCGAGCUCCAUACACCCCGCCAGCCUCCAUCGAGCCUCCAUCCGCACGCGCGGCUCGCCGCCUUUCCGUGGAGCGCGCGCUCCGGCACCCGCUCCUGCAUCAUUCACACAGGCACGAGCGCGCGCAGCCACCAGUCCGCGGAUUUCUCCGAGGGAUCCGAGCGAGCGGCGAGCCAAAGGCGGCAACGCUCUCCUUCCCGAAACGUGUUUGGGAGAACGCAGACCGGCCGGCUGAACGCUAAACCGGGGAGGUUUGCCUCAGCGGCCUGCGACUCGGCGGCACUGCGUCGCCAUGGGCGGUCAGGCGCAUCGCUCCCCAGACUGGCUUGAAGGCGGAAACGGCGCGGUUUUGCGCUCCGGCGGAGGGGGCGGCGGCGCCUCAGCUUGCCGUUGACUGCGCGGGUUGCAGCCGGACGGGAGAGUGGACUGGGCGACCGCCUGCCAGGCCGGCCCAAGGUGGUGAAGGUAGCCAAUGGCCUCCUAAGAAAUGGAAGACCUUGUUGAAGCUGAACGAAGUCUUGCAGUCACAACAAAAUGUUCUGAAAAAAAUGUAUAGUAUUGCAGCUAAUUUAUUUCACUGAAACAAUUUUGGAAUGCCCUAUAUCUGACACCACUGACACUCAAAUAUAACUAUCAUAAUAAAAAAAAACAUCAGAUUCUCAAAUACUUCGAAGAAGGAAUUUGAAGGAUGCCAUCCAUCACAAGAAAUUCAGGUGAGAACGGGACCGUCGGCGAGGCGAAGAAACGCUGCGGGGAGACGGAGCAGCCGCAGCAGGGAGAGGCUGCGGAGGGCAGCGGCGAGCGAUCCCUGGCGAUGGAACCGAGCGUGGCCCCCGAGGAAGGGCCGAACGCGCAGCUUCCCCUGCAGGCGCCCUGCAGCUUCAGCUCAGCGCUCUGCUUCAGCUCGUCCGGCGACGGCGGCGGCGAUGACAAGGCUCCGCAUCCGGAGGUCGACGCCGCCUCCCCUUCUUCCUCCUCGUCCGGCAGCUGCAGCAGCAGGAGCCGACGCGUGGUGAAGCACCAGUGGGACAUUAACAACGCGACGCCCGAAUCGGAGGAGGAGGAGGAGGGCAGCCGCGGCAGACCCUCGCCGGUCUCCUUGGGCGCUCCCGAUCCGGUCGGCGAGCCGCCCCUCCAGCCUUUUCCUUCGCAGGCGCCGGCCGAGGAGCCGGACUUAGUGAUCGAGGUGUCCGGGCGGCGGAUCCGGGCGCACAAGGCGGUGCUGGCGGCCAAGAGCGACUAUUUCCGCGCGCGCUCCUCGCGGGACAUCCUGCGCGUCAAGGGGGUGAGCUACGGGGCGCUGCGCCUGCUGCUGGAGUACGUCUACACGGCGCGCAUGGGCGAAGUGCGGCACGACAACCUGGCCGAGGUGGUGAGCGGCGCCCGCGUGCUCCAGAUGCCCUGCGCCCUGCACUGCGCCGCCGAGGCCAUGCGGGCCCAGCUCAGCCUCGACAACUGCUACCAGCUGCUCUGCCUGGCCAAGAAGCAGCGACUGGCCGAGCUGCGCGAAGCCGCCUUCCGCUUCAUGAGCGACCACUACCUGCAGGUGCUCCGCGAGCCUGCCGUCUACGGGCGCCUCAGCGGAGCCGAGCGGGACCUCAUCCUGCGGCGCCGCCUGGAGGCCGGCAAGGCCUGCCUGCUGGUGGCCGAAGUGAGCGACGCCUUCGAGAGGCUCAGCGCGAGCAGCCGCCCGCAGAGCCGCGAGAGCAGCCGCCCGCAGAGCCCGUCCUCGGUGGUGUCCCUAGAGGACGGCGGCGCCCUGCUCUACAGCUACCAAGAGGCGGCCCAGGAGUGGAGCGUUCUCACCCGCCUGCCCGAGGAGGCCAAUGCCAAGGGCUGCGCCAUGUGUGUCCUGUAUAACUACCUUUUCUUAGCCGGCGGGAUCGCCAGCGGCCCCGGCGACCAGCGGCCCAAGCUGUCGGACAAGGUGUUUUGCUACAACCCCUUAACUGAUACCUGGAGCCAGGUGAAGCCCAUGGGGCAGGCCCGCUCUCAGCUGAAGCUUCUGGCCCUGGACGGGUAUCUCUACGCGGUGGGUGGGGAAUGCCUUUUUACGGUGGAGAAGUACGACCCCCGGGCGGAUCGGUGGACCCCUGUGGCCCCUUUGCCCAAGGGGGCUUUUGCUGUGGCUCACGAGGCGACCACAUGCAACGGGGAGAUCUACGUUUCUGGGGGCUCCCUUUUCUACCGGCUCCUCAAGUACGACCCCAAGCGGGACGAGUGGCAGGAGUGUCCUUACAACAGCAGCCGGCGCCGCUCGGCUGACAUGGUGGCCUACAAGAGCUUCAUUUAUCGUUUUGACGUGAGCAGCAGUCGCGGGGAGCAAGGGCAGGGGGCUGGAGUGGAAGUCUUCCAGUACAAUACGGUGGCCAAGCACUGGCGUCAAUGCUCAUCCUUCCGCCCCACCAGCAGCCCGGUUCAGCCCUUUCGCUGUGCCGCGUUGGGCAGCACCGUCUAUUGUGUCAACCGGACUGGGAUGCUGAGCUUCAACUUGGCUCAGAAUGGCGAGGUGGAAGCGGACGGGGGACUUAAAGGCACCUUUGACACAGAACUGCUCAAAGCUCCCUUCGAUGCUAAAGGUCUCCUCCUCCCAUUUGUGCUUAUUCUCCCAGAGAAGGAGAAAAUGGGGGAGCCAGAGAGUCCUCUGUCGUUGUGAGAGCUGACCUGAUGCUCAGUUCACUGCUUAGCAUGCAGUUUGUCCCCUUUAUCUGUGAUGCCAACAGUGUAGGGCUUUUACUGAAGCAUGGAUGAGGGCUGGCACAAGCUCUCCAGUCUUGGGUGGUGAUGAUGGUUGGGCUCCAAAAGCAAUAGAAGAAGUAGCAGAAGCUAAUCCGAGGUGGAAAGGCAGCAGUAUGUAACAACUCCUUUGAGGCUAUAGGAGCAAAGAGGAGACCAUUGUCAAAAAUAUCCUUAAUUCAUGCAUGCACGCACCACCAUGGGGGAUUAUUGUGUUCCACCUAAAAGUGUUGGCUAGCUGUUCAAAGGCUUCUUUACGGCACUUCAUGUAGGAAAGAAUUCAUCUCUUGGCACUCAUGUCAACCAGCCAGUGAAAAGCUGCUAAAACAUUUAAUUGUUGUAAAUGUAUCUGCAUUCCUUUCCAAUCUAGAAGUAUGUUGGAUCUGUGUAAAAACCAGGAAACAGUCCAUUUUUUAAAAAAGAAUUUCAGUUAUGGCAAUGUUCCCUUUGUACAUAGUCAUCUUCGAAAAAAGAUUCUUCCAGGCACUGUCUGCUUGGUCUUCUUGCCCUUGGAUGCAAGAAAGGAGCCACUGGAGAACUAGGAGCAUAUAAUGUGGGAAGAGAUCUGUAGGCCAUUUUGGAAGUUUAAUAGGCAAAAAAACAAAGUUCUUGUAUGAAAAAGCAAUAGGUGAUCAUCCAUGUCAUAAUCUUUUCUGGUUUGCAUUUUUAAGUUUAAUAAAAUCUUUGGUGAAGACA